GAAGCGCUCGGCCAAAGACAACGGAACCCGCAAUAUGUCGGAGCCAAAAUACCGACAGUGGAUCCUGGAAACCAUCGACUCGCUGCGCUCGAGAAAAGCCCGACCGGACCUGGAGAGGAUCUGCCGAAUGGUCCGCAGGAGGCACGGGUCAGACCCGGACCAAACCAGGGCUGAACUAGAAAAACUGAUCCAGGAGCAAACUGUGCUCAAAGUUAGCUACAAAGGCUCCAUUUCUUACAGAAAUGCCGCAAAGGUGCAAAGAAAAUGCCGCAAGAGAACGGAGCCAAACGGCGGCGAGUCGGUGCGCGAGCAAACUAAACACGCCAAUAUUAACGGCGACCGCGAGUAUAAGGAGUCCGAGGACAGAGGGGUGAGCCCGUGUCCUGCCCCUCUGCCACAAACCUCUCUUUCCACUCUUGAAAAGGGAGAAAUGGUUUUACCGACACAUGGUUGUGGCGCAACGGGCAGCUCCGUGAAAACAAGUGCAUCGAAAGACAAGAGAUUAAUCACUCACGAUGCUUCACGUGCGAACAGACGGCCCGAAGGAGAAAAGACGCGCGGUGAUGACAACAGUCCGCCUCAGAGAAAACCCAAACUCAAGGUGGGUGCGGAGGGGGGGUCUCCGGGGGAGAACAGCGCUGAUCUAGGCGAUCGGCUGGUUGUUGCGGUCCGAAGUCUGUCCGAGAGUCACCGACGGGGCCACGCACCACUGGGACUGAAGGAGAUCCUCGGUUCCCUCAGCACGCAGAGCGGGACGCCCGGGGAAAAGCUGACCCGCAAUCGCGUCAAAGUGGUGCUGGAGCGCGAGAUUGAGGUGGGUCGUCUCCGCAGGAGCCGCCUCGGCCACAUCAGUCUUCCCGCGAGGGCGUCCAAGCCGUCCGUGCGACUCCUGAAGAGCGCACUGCAGGACAGACAUCUCUCGGGAAAGGACGAGGUGAAGGAGGAAGAACGAAUGGAGACAGGGAGUGAGGAGGAUGGAACAGAGGACAAUUUAACGGGCUUAGAUGAGGAUGCUCCCAGGAACAUCACUGAUGGGGGUCCCACAGUUGUCAAAGCAUGCACUGACCCCAUCUCAACUGACAUGGAGGUUGAGAAUGAAAAUGGCAUCGACUCACCAAUGACGUCUGAGGGGAAAUCCCAGUCAUCGCUGGAGUUGUCAAACCAAUGCACCUUACUGCAGGAAGUUGACGUGGGUGGAAAUGAAGAGCAGACAAUGUCUGUAGAGUCUGAGGAUACUGGCACUGAGAACAGUGCAGUUACACCUGAUCAGCUAAAUCCCAGCAUAGAGGAUCAGGUGAUUGUGAUGUCAGAGACUGUAAAGGCUCCACUGUCAAUACCUAUAAGAAACUCAGGUUCAGGCUGUAAGAUGGAAGUGUCAUCAUGUCUGCUGACUCCCUCUGCCUCUCCAGGAGCAGCUGAGGAACGAGGGAUGAAUGAAGGAAUAGGUGGUUUUGUGAAGUUGGAGUCAAAUGGUUUGAACCCGGUUGACUGGACUGUAGCAGAUGUGGCCAGCUAUUUCACCACAGCUGGAUUCCCGGAGCAAGCCCUCGCCUUCAGGACACAGGAAAUCGAUGGGAAGUCCCUCCUCCUAAUGCAGAGGAAUGAUGUGCUGACAGGCCUGUCAAUCAGGCUUGGUCCCGCCCUAAAGAUCUAUGAACGUCAUGUGAAGGUUCUGCAGAAGACCCACUUCCAAGACGACGAAGCUCUCUGCUGAUACAGGCACAUAUUUGCUAUUGUACAUUACAGAUGCACUCAUAUGUACAUAUACAGUACCAAACAAUAUUCAGUCAUUACAGAACCAAGACGCGUGUAUACAGGCGUUCUAAAACACCGAUAUUCAGAACUAAUGUUGAGGAUUUUGCUCUUUCUUCAAAGAAAAACAUUCCAGAGUUCUUGCUUCCCUCACACAAACAUGUACAUAUUUGUUUCAAUCAGCACCCCAAAGGACACUGGGAUAAAAAACAUUUACUUGAAAAACAAAACAUGACUGAAAUGAACAAAAACUGAAUGGGAAAACCGAAAGAUGGAGUUUGGAAUAGAGAAGCAUUUCUCGAACAGCACCCAUUAUUUUUGUGGGGAAAGACUUCAUGCUGCUUUGACAUGGAUACUGCUGCUUGACCUUUGACCCUAAAUAGAUUUCAUCAACUGGAUUUUAUUUGCAGAAUCUCUUCAGUCCAGUAGAGGGCAGAAUAUGAUCUUUUUUUUUUUUUAACCUCACUGGUUACAUUUUUUCCAAUGAAACCAAGUGAAUACUAGAUGGUUUCGAUAUUGCACAGAAUUUCAGCAUUUUGUUAUCUUUUUCCCCAAUGUUGAGGGAAGACAUUUUGAGAAAACCUGAAUAAUAGAUAUUUAAUUCUUAGAGCAUCAAAUGAGGUUCAGCAUGAACUUGAAACUGCACCGACAGCAAUUUGCAUAACAAAUGCGACCUGAAGUCAUUCAUUUUCAAAGAGAGUCGGCAGUUUGAGCUGACGGACACUGUUGGCGAUGUGAUGAGACGUAAUGCAGCAUCUACCAAUAGAAAGUGAUGACUGUGAAGCUCACGUGAUCCGUCGCUUGAUACAGUUGGAUAUUGCAGUCAAGUCAACACGCCUACUUGAUACCAACAGUACUGCAGCUUAGAGGCCUGCACCAAUUCUGCGUGAACAUCCUUAAAGGGUCAACCUACUGGUCAACUCUUGUUGCAGUGACACCGACCCUUGUCUUCCUUAAGACGGGAUUUUUUGCUGACAAUCUAGAAAGAUGUUCUAGAACUAAAAAAUAAUAAUUCAAAAGAAUUCUUGAACAUUCCGACAUUCCAUCCAGUGUUCUUGUGGCCACGUCGCAGUUCUUCACAUUGUUGUUCAGUUCAGUUCUACGUGCAAUUUAUGAAAACACGGUUGCCGCUACCUGAAAAUUUCGGGCGUAACUUCAGUUUUAGAAUACGGUUGUCACUCCUUUAAAUGACUGAGCUGUGUGUGUACAAAAUGGGAUUAAGCACUCAAAGGGGAAGUGAUAGCCAGAUUUAUCUGCACUGUGUACGUGGCAGAUUUUUUUCAUGCAAUCAAGUGGGUUUAACUCACUAAGGACUUACCCUUUAAAGCCUGCAACAUAACAACUGACUAUGUUUGAUUUUAUUUCAUCUCGGAUUCACCAGCCAUAUUAUUCGGGCACAUGGAAUGUCACCAUUGAUAACUGUGCAUAGCAUUUGUAAAUAUCAAUUUGAGUCCAAGUUGCAAAGCAAUGGACAUAUAUUUGCACAGUAUGAAUGUCCACAAUUGCACAGAGAACACCCAGAAGCCAUUGCCGCUUAUAUACACAUUGCAUCCGGAAAGUAUUCACAGCGCUUCACUUCUUCCACAUUUUGUUAUG